UCCGUGUCAACUCUGCACAACAAUGAUCGUUUAAUUAAAAUAGUCAAAAAUGAUUAAUUCGUGUGGGCUUUCGUAGAGCAAGUGGUGUAUUAAUUAAGGGCUAAUUUUAAUGUUACAUGAAUGUCUCCUAUGAACAGCUCUAAAAAUAACUUCAAAUGGGGAAGGAUCAGCAUUUACUAGAGGCAGCGCGUAAUGGUGACAUACAAACCGUUGGCAAAUUGCUGGAGUUGACUGCAAAAAGGCAUGGACCGCUUUCCAGUUUUCGUCGCAGCCCCAAUCUUAAUUGCCAGGAUGUAAACGGCUACACGGCCUUACAUCAUGCCUGUCUCAACGGCCACAGCAGUAUUGUGCGGCUGCUGUUGGCCCAUCACGCACAGGUGGAUGUGCCAGACAUUCGAGGCUCAACGCCACUCUUUUUAGCCUCCUGGGCUGGCCAUCAGGAUAUUGUGAAAAUGCUGCUCUUCCAGAGUCACACACCGGCCAAUCCCAAUGCACAAACGAUUGAAAACGAAACGGCACUGCAUUCGGGCGCCCAGCAUGGACACAAUGCUGUAGUGGCAAUACUACUGUCCUAUGGUGCCGAUCCUAGCAUACGCAAUAACAGCUUUCAAACCGCAUUGGAUCUGGCCGCCCAAUUUGGACGUCUGCAAGUGGUACAAACGCUGCUGCGCGCCGAUCCAGACUUAAUUACACCCUAUCGCCGCUAUGAGGAAGAUAAUUUGUCUGAAAAACUAGGAUAUGCCACGCAAUAUGCCACAACGCCCACAAAGCACAUAUUUACACACACUUGCCUGCAUCUUGCCAGUCGCAACGGGCACAAAAAGGUGGUGGAAACAUUGUUAGCGGCUGGCGUUGACGUCAACAUUCUGACGCAUGCGGGCAGUGCAUUGCAUGAGGCUGCGCUCUGCGGCAAGAAGUCGGUGGUGGUGGCGCUACUAAAGGCUGGCAUUGAUGUGCACGCUACAGAUCACAAUGGCCGCACCGCACUGGAGAUACUCUCCGACUAUCCGCCCCAUGUUACAUACGAUAUUGUAGCAGUUAUAAAUGAAUUUACAGAGGCGCAGUUGUUGCGCAUGAAACCAGCUCAGCUGGCCAAUGGAUCUGGUUUGGAUCUGGAGAACGGCAUACAUACGUUGCCGAAACGUUUGUAUGAGAAGAAUGCGCAGCGGCAAAAGUUAUCCAAGCAAACUGAUGCAUACAAGCUGAGGAAAACGCUAGACAAACCAAACGGACUUUCGCACUCUUUAAGCUCUUUGGACAACUACACCAAACCGCCAGCGAAUUAUCUAGAGAUGAAGCCCGUUAAGCAACAAAGAUCGGCCAACGAUGUUAAUGGCUUUGAGCCCACCCCAGACAUAUGGAUCACCUAUAAGCCCGUCUACAAGGAGGCGUACCAAAGCUCGCUGUUGCAGUCGAGCAAUAAUUUCUCAAAUGGCUCCAUACCAUCGCGCUCUUAUGAAUAUAUAAAUAUGCUAAAAUCAGGAUACAACAGCGAGGAGCCCACCAUCAGCACCAAUAGCAGCUCUGCACAUCAGCAUUCAACUGUGCCUCAGUACGUGGAAAUGUCGCUGCCGUCGCCAAUACCCAUGCCCCGCACGCACACUGAAUAUAAUGACUAUGCGAAUAUAAUGCCCAGAGAAUGUGAGCAGGCUGCAAUUCCAUCCGCUGUUAUUGAUAACAACAAUAAUAAUGAUACUGAAGGUAAGCAACGUUUGCCAACGCAUGUUAGGCAUUCACCUACGCCAGAUUAUCCACCACCCACUGUCGUCGAUGCUGAGACAACAAUCCUGAAUUACAUGCAACCAGUGGUGACGCCACGCAUACGCACACGCCUUGUGGACGCUGGUGAUUCUACGGGCACCACCAAUUCCAUUUGCUCGGAAAUUGUGGAGGAAUUCGUGGGCGAUAUACCAUUUGCAGGGCUCUUCAAGGGCUCAACUUUGAAUCUAUCACAGGAUAUGGUCGAUGGACGUGUUUCAGUUGUGCGUGAAGGCCUGCGUUCGCCCAGCAUGGUGAGAUCUGCCAUAAACCAGCAACGCCGCAGUCUUUCAAAGCAGCGUUAUUCGGCGAGCGGCGAAGAUUUUAGCGCCUCACGUGUUUGGGCAGAGAUCGAUACUAUAUUUGAAAAUAUCGGCAACGAGGUGUCCACUGUUGAGCAAGAAACCUAUAUGCAAAGUAUUGAAGAGCCGUUGCCACAAGAAAAUGGAAAUGCUUCACCAGCAGAUCAACGUCAUUCGCUACACAUACGUAAUCCGGCUGAGCUAUUAUUGGGCAAGUCACAGACUGUGGCUUCCAAUUGGUGUCAUUCACCCUAUACGCUGGUCUAUGGAGAAAUUCGCUACUCUGUAUUCUAUCUGGGUUCUACUGUCAUCAGACAAUUGCAAGGCACCAUAUCGGCUCGAAAGUCUAUACAAAAGCUAAAAAUUGAAGAAAACUUGAAGUCGGCCUCAAGCGUCAGUGAUAUUAGCUUGUUGGAAAACUGUACAACGUCGACAAAGUAUCUCAAGGCUGCCAAUUCGCAAACACGUCUUAAAGUGGACAUUGCCGCUUCCUGUCUGGGCGUCAAGUUUAUAGAUCAUGAGACUAAGACUGCAAUUUGCUCGCACGAUAUUGAAAACAUCAAUUGUGUUUGUCAGGAUGCGGAGGACAUGCGUUAUUUUGCGUACAUAACCAAAGAACAGGAACUCCAUUACUGCCAUGUAUUCAUGGUUGACAAAGUGGAAUUAGCAAAUGAGAUCAUUUUAACUUUGGGCCAAGCCUUUGAGGUGGCCUAUCAACUAGCUUUAAGCAGAACAUGAUGAGUGCUAUGAUGCGUGCCACAUAUUCGUUCAUGCCAUUUGAUUUUAUUUCAAUGUAUUUAUGACUAACUAGUCGUCGAUGCCAUUAUAAUGCUGUCAUUAUUGUGAUGUCAGCAGUAGUAUUUUUAAAAGUUUUCCGAAAUAAACACAUUACUAAU